AUGCCAUUAAAAGUUGUUAAGGGACAAGUGGUAGCAGAUUUUAUAGUCGACCACUCCAUAGCUGAGAAUGCACUGGACAACCUCGAAUUAGACCCCUGGAAGUUAUACUUCGAUGGGUCUAGUCACAAAGAUGGAACAAGCAUAGGAGUUCUAAUCAUUUCUCCUAAUAAAAUUACAACAAAACUCAAAUACAAACUGGAGGGCCUUUGCUCGAACAAUGAGGCUGAAUAUGAAGCUCUCAUAGCAAUACUUGAGAUAUUGUUGGAAUUGGGGGAAACUCGAGUCAAAAUAAUGGGUGACUCAGAGUUAGUUAUAAAACAGAUCACAAAAGAGUACAAAUGUAUUCAAGAGAAUCUCAUUAUGUACUUCAUAAUAGCCAGUCGAUUUCUAAAAAGAUUCGAGAUGGCUAAUAUUCGACACAUACCUCGAUUGGAAAAUCAAGUGGCUAAUGACUUAGCUCAAAUUGCAUCUGGGUAUAAAAUUUCAAAGGAAAAAUUGCAAAAAGUCAUUGAAGUCAGAGGAAAAUUUGUGUCAACCAGAUUAGCCCCAUCAAACUUGGAAAAGACAAAGCUGGGAUACGCUGAUAAAGAAAACUUCGAAAUAUUGGCAAUAGAUAAUCUGACAGACGGAGAUUGGAGGAAUUCAAUAGUGGAAUAUCUACAGAAUCCAAUGGCGUCUGCCGAUCGAAAAACCAAGUAUCGAGCAUUAAGUUAUUUUCUUUUGGGGAUGGAGUUGUUCAAAAAGACUCCUGAGCGAGUUUUGCUUAAAUGCCUUAGUGAGUCAGAGGCAUGCUUAGCCCUUUCGACUGUCCAUAGUGGGGCAUGUGAGGGCGUACCAAGUUAG